UAUACUUGAUAAAGUGAACUAGUUCGAUUUAAAAUGGAUUUGUUGAAUAUAAAUGAUAUUACAUCAAUACUUAAACAAUCUAGUCUAUCAAAUGUUAAUAUUUUAAGUUGGACUGUUGAGGAUUAUUCCGAUCAACUCAUCGGUUAUCUCGGAGAACAUUUAAGCUUAACGGUCGUUAUUGAAGACAAAGGAAAUGUCAGACAGGUGAUUUAUUUUAUUAAAUGUAUUCCAAGACUUGACGAAUGGAAGGCUAAUUAUUUAAGAGAAACAAAAUUCUUUAACAAGGAAUAUGCUAUGUUAAACAGUUUGUUCAAAAUGUUUCGUGAUUCCGAUGGAUUAAAUAAAUGGCGACCUAAGCUAUUGCAUAUUAAAGAAGAACUUUUUGUAUUUGAAGAUGUAACCCAAAGUGGCUAUACGAUGCCGAAUAAUCUAAAUACUUUAAAUUAUGAAGAAUUAAAGGCAACGGUGACAGCUUUAGCGAAAUUUCACGCUCAGUCGUACAUUUAUGAAGAGAGAAAGAGUCGAGAAUUAAAAAGACCUUACAAAAUUUGGGAAGAUUAUAGCGAGUAUUUGUGUGAACCAAGUAAAGGUCAAUCUUGGCGUGAUACUGGAAUGCAGGCUGCUAUAGAUUUUUUGAAAGUUUUCUCAGAAUAUAGGUCAAAACCAAAUUUUAAGGCAUUAAUCGAUGAAAUAGUGCCCAAGCUUUUUAGCUCUGCGGACGAACUUAUGAAACCAAGUUUAAAAAUAAGAAACGUAGUCAUUCAUCGCGACAUUUGGUCGAAUAAUAUUUUUCUAAAAAAACUAGAGAAUAACAAGAUGCACGCACUUUUGAUUGAUUAUCAAACCGUUCUGUACUCACCUCCUAUGCUUGAUUUGUCAUCUCUUAUAUAUUUCAAUACCACCAAGUCAUUCAGAAGUAAUUACACUAAAAUAAUUAUAGAGCAUUACUAUGACGAGCUUAGUAAAGAAUUAAAAUUGGAAAAUAUAGACAUAUUUUCAAUUGUGAACAUUGCAAAUAUGGAAGAAUUAUACAAAGAAAGCCUUGUAUUUGGUAUGACCCAAGCAGCAUUAAUAGUUCCUAUAAUAGCUAUGACAAAUGAAAGAAGAAAACAAUAUUUCACGGACCCUAAGUCAUGUUAUAGAAUAAACUGCGUAAGUCGUAGUCAAGAAUUUAUAGAACUUGCUAAAGAAAACAUGGAAUACCAGAGGCGUGUAAUCGAACUCUUAGAUGAAAUAGUAGAAAGAUUUGUGUAUCCAUCUACAACUGCAAAUAAUUUUAAAUAGGAUAGUGGGAA